AUGGAUAAAUUCUAAAAAGAAAUUUUACUAAUAAACAAAGACAUAUAUAAUUAACUAUAUGACACAAAAUCAUAUACUAAAUUAGAAUAGUUAAAAAAAUUGGACCUGUAACCAUCUCCAAUAAGUGUAGCAAAAGAUUUAUUAAGUGUAAGAGAAAACCCUAAAGAUUAUGUUAAAUAGCAUAAAUUAGAUUUUAAGCUUAGAUAAACAUAAUUUUGGUAGCCAUCAAUUAAAGACACUUUGACAUAUUAAUAAGCAAUUUAGCAAUAAUAAUUAUCAGGAAUUCAAUAAGAUUAGUAAUAGUAACUGUCUGAUACUACAAAUGCUAUAUCAUUUAUAGAGGUUUCAAAGAAUGAAGAAUCAUAAAUGUAAUAAUCUUCACAGUCAACAAGAAGGAAAAUAUUGGUAAAAUCAAGGCUUUCAAAAUAACCUAGUGAUUCAUCUAUAUGGAAGAAACCUUUAAAAUAAAUUAAUAAAAUAGUUUUAUAAUUAAAAUAAGAUAGCAAAGCUGAGUAUUUUGCUAUUAUAAAAUAUGAAGAUGCAAGUAAUUAACUUGAAUAGAAAUCUAUGGAUACCAAUAAGAAAAUUUAAUGGGAUUGCUAAGUAAAAUUUGAGAUAACUGAUGAAUAAAAUUUAUACAUAAUUAUUGUACAAUAAUAAUAAGGAAAGAUUGGAUAAUAGAAUGUAUUAUAAUAAUAGAUAAAUAUAUAAAAUGUUGAGAAAUAGUUUUAAUAAGAAGUGCAAUUAAAGUAUUUAAAAAACACAAUCAAUGCUACUUUAUUAGUUGAUUUUAAUUGA